AUGGGGUUAGAGCACGUGCGGAAUAUUCUUAGAUCGCCACGUGCUUCUCUCAGAUGGAUCGUACGUGAGAACGUUGAAGAGGCACGUGCACUGACGUCAUUAUACAACCUUGACACGCGCUGCGAGACGCCUGCCAACGCUCAAGUGGCCAUCGAGGACACAAAUGUGGAAGCAGUUCUGAUUGUAUCCCCAUCGUCCACCCACGAGGAUCUCAUUACCAGAUCUCUUCAUGCAGGCAAGGCCGUGUUUUGUGAGAAGCCGCUGACCACGUGUAUACAGUCCACCCGGGCAUGUUAUGACUUAGCGAAACAAAAAAAUAAACCACUCUUCUGUGCCUUCCAUAGGCGAUUCGAUCCCAGUCAUUUCUCGAUCUAUCAACAAAUUCGCAAAGGAAGUACAGGACCGGUGCGCAUUGUAAAAUCUACCAGUCGUGAUUUCAGCCACCCACCUAUAGAAUACGUCAAAACGUCAGGCGGAAUUUUCCGGGACUCGACCAUCCAUGACCUUGACAUGGGAGGCUGGAUCAUAGGCAGCCGACCGACAAGCGUCUUUGCACACGGCCACGCCCACAAAGAAGAGCUAAAAGAGGCAAGCGACAACGAUCAAGUGGUUGUUGUAGUUGCGUAUGAAAACGGCGCCAUUUCUGUGAUAGACAACGGGAGAUGGUGUCCCUUUGGCUAUGAUCAACGGCUAGAGUUGCAGCUCUCCGUAGAAAACAAGGGAGCUAACCACGUGAUAAACGGUACGAACCAAGGGAUGUUACUAUCGGCCCCUGAGGCCAACUUUAUGCGCAGGUACCCAGAGGCGUACGCCAACGAGCUGGAACACUUCCUAGACGUAUUAGAAGGAAAGGAUGAGUUGCGAGUCACGAGGAGAGAUACCAUACAGGCCAUGCGUCUGGCUGACCUGUGUUAUGAGUCACUGAGGACGAAAACAGCCGUACCGUACACGGAUUAAUAUCUUUGAAUUAAGAUUUCCUGUAUAGAAGAUGCUAAUAAAACAUACAAUUUACGAA